AUGGCAAGCUUUCCUAUCGGUUUUACUGAGAGUGCAGAGCAGUCCUUAGGUCCUGAACUCUCAGAUGAGCUCACCAUGGCCCUUGCUGCAGGGGAGUGGUGGGCUAUUAUGGAGGUUUCAAGUCCCAUCUCUGAGGAGCCAGAGUAUUGCGACUUCACCUGGCCUCCACGCCCCAUAUCCCUGAAGUCGACGAAGCAGUGGAGCCAAAACAAGACACAGGGAGCUCCUGUGCCCACCAGGUCCCAACAGGAAUCACCUGUGCCUGUUGGGUCCCCACAGAAAGCACCUGCGCCCACUGGGUCUCCACUAGGACCACCUGUGCCCAAGUCUCAAGAUUGGCGAAAUCUAAAUUUCUCUGAGCCUCUUAAGCAGGAGCGGCUGCAUCAGCAGAGAAAGUGGAGGGAGAAAAAGACAGAGGAAGCACCAGUGGCUGUUGAGCCCCCACAGAAAGCACCUCUGCCCAUAGCAUCUCCACUAGGACCACCUGUGCCCCAGUCUCAAGAUUGGCGAAAUCUAAAUUUAUCUGAUCCUCUUAAGCAGGAGCGGCUGCAUCAGCAGAGAAAGUGGAGGCAGAAAAAGACAGAGGAAGCACCAGUGGCUGUUGAGCCCCCAGAGAAAGCACCUGUGCCCUCUGGGUCUCCACUAGGACCACCUGUGCCCCAGUCUCAAGAUUGGCGAAAUCUAAAUUUCUCUGAGCCUCUUAAGCAGGAGCAGCUGCAUCAGCAGAGAAAGUGGAGGCAGAAAAAGACACAGGAAGCACCAGUGGCUCUUGGGUCCCCACAGAAAACACCUGUGCCCUCUGGGUCUCCACUAGGACCACCUGUGCCCCAGUCUCAAGAUUGGCGAAAUCUAAAUUUCCCUGAUCCUCUUAAGCAGGAGCAGCUGCAUCAGCAGAGAAAGUGGAGGCAGAAAAAGACAGAGGAAGCACCAGUGGCUCUUGGGUCCCCACAGAAAACACCUGUGCCCUCUGGGUCUCCACAGGGAGCACCUGUGCUCAAGUCUCUACAGAGACCAUCUGUGCCUGCCCCAAAGCCUCUGAGAGGGGAGCUGCUGCAGAGGAGGCCUCAAGCGUCUUCUCAAGCGAAUCCACAGGAAGCGGUAGUGCCCUCUGGGGCUCCGAAGGGAGAAGAUAUGGCCCCAAGGAUCCCAAAAGGUAUGCUUGUGCAUUCGGGGACCACACAGGGAUCACUUGUACCUUCAGAUUCCCCCAAACUGGGAGAAAGCCUCAAGAUCCCUAAAAAGCAGAGGCAGAAGCAGAGGGAGCAGAAUAUCCCAAAGGGAGCUUCUGGCAAUGUAGGUGUGUGUCAGCCACCUCCAAAAAAUAAAAUCUGUGUGGAUAUUAACAAGAAGGUGCAGCUGAAUACUAAACCGAGGAGCCCGGAUCGGAUAAAGACUUCACACCUGGAUCAGAGCAGCAUUCCUCCCAGGUCCCAGAUGAACCGGAAGAGAGCAUUGGACAAUGCAGGUGUGGACCAGUCACCUCCACAAAAAAUGCCCCGCUUGGCAAUCAAAGUCAAAGACCAGGAGUUAGAACCAGGCAGCUUUAAGAAAUUGUGCUAUAUUUAUGCAGCAUAUUCAUAA